AUGGCCAAAGCUGGUAAAAGGUCUAACGGUGAAACAUACUACAACUCUACAAGAGCUAAGAGGUCUAAACCGAGCAAUUCGAAUCGGCAGCCUGCUCAGAUGGGAGACGUGCCUGACCCUGAAGAAGAACUAGGACACUCAACGAGCGUAGAAUUCUUGGCUGCAGCGAAGGAACCUGCGAAGAGGAGCCAUGCAGCGGUCUCAGAUCUCAAGAAUAUUGUUGAGGAGGAGAAGAAAAGGCUAGCCAAACUACUCGAGCAGAAGGCAUUUGGCGUGUACGCUCGUUAUGUAUCUACGGGUUGGAUGACUCCGAGUAAUUUGAGUUCUAGCACGAAACGAGACUCUGAACUCAAAGACACUCUCAUCAAAGUCAUACACGACGCCCAGCGAGACCGAACAGAUAUCGAUGAGGAGGGGGUCGACCCGUCCUCCACAUCGAAGCCCACAGCAUGCGCCAUUUACCAGAGCGCCAAGUCUAACAUAGCGUCUUCGCGAGGAUUGCUAGGACACUACGAACGAGCGUCUCAACAGGUCGCUUCUGGACAAAGGGUCCCGAUGAUGGAGUCUGGAUGGGAGAAGGACUUACAAACGCUGCAACGUAUUCUCAACCAACAGGGAGAGAAGAUCAAGUCUGAGGUACAUCAAAUUCUCAAUGAAGACUCAGAAUCCUCAAAGGAGCAGUUCAAGUGUAACAUGUCAGACUUGGACACCGAUCUGUGGAAUCGAUUUGCUGUGGGUGAAGCUAAGGAGAAAAUUGUCGAGGCGCUAGACGGAAGAAGAGAAGAUACGUGGGCAGUGGUAGCAAAGAAUGCACAACGAGGUGUGCGACGUACAGUCAAAAACCUUCCGGAGGAUGGCGAGUGA